CAGAUAUGGAUAAGAGAUUAUCACAUAACCUGUGCAAAUAAAUACUGAUAAAGACAUAAAUUAUUAGUUCGAAAAAUUGUUUAUAUUUCAAAUGUUUAUAUUUUAGUAACAGUAAUCACUGUUGUGGUUUUUAUUUCAAGUUGGGUUUUCUUGCGUUUCUACGUGUCUACGUUUUACCAAAAAAUUGACCCGACAUACCCUUUGUGCAGACAUGGAGAACGCAAAUGUACCUACUGAUAAUAUGGAAUUUGAUGCCUCUCAACUGGCCAGUGUAAGUUUUAUAACAAACUUAAUUGUUAUGAAUUCAUGUAUUUAUAUUUAUUUAUUUUAAAUAAGUAAUUAGAUAAUUAGAUACCCGUUAGUUAAAUUUUAAACCCGACCGUCUCAUUGCUUUCUUGUAAAUUUGAACAUACCUAUACCAAUAAUAUUAUGUUUUUACACUGCAUAUGCACAUUAGACGCCAUUAAUUUAAUCAGCUCAAUUAAUUUCAUUAUUGAUUAAUUUAAGCAAAUGCAUGGGUAGACAGUUUUUAGAUUCUGAGUGGAGCGAAGAAUUUAUGGUUUUACAGAGAUGUUUAUUUUUUUUUUUUCUGUAGACAACAUUUUUAUCAGAAGACUUGCUCCGAUUUUUACUUGUAGCAACUUUUCUGAAAGGAAUUCGGUGUGGGGAAGUACCUUUGAGAGGUCAUCAAGAGUUUUUUCAUCAAAUGCGAAUAUGUACGAAAUACAUUACCAAAAUAUUACGGUUUUUUUAUUCUGUGGAUAACUUUUUUAUCAGCAAUUUUAGUCCCAACUUAUAAUGAUACGCGUACAACUACCUAUGUGACUGUGUGUACAUAAUAUUUACUUUUAUAUUAUAUUUUAUACGAUUUGAUAACGACCGUGAUGGUAUUAUAUGAAAAUCAUUGUAUUUUGUACCAGAUACAGAUUGCAAUGCCAUGUUGUGCAAAACUAUUAGAUGUUGUACUAUACUGCAACAGUUUUUUUUGAAAAUAAUAUAAUAAUGUACCUACCUAUUAGGUAGGUAUAUAUUUUUAACUACAAGUAUGAUAUGCAAUUAAAAAAAGUUGUCCAAAAGAUAAUGGGGACAGGUGUAGCCAUUUUUGUAGGUAGGAAGUUUGAAAGAUAUAGGAUAUAUUUGGAAAUUUUAUGUAUCAUUUACGCAACGAUAAACCAUUGCUAACGUAAAAACGAUUCUGAGCAGAGUUCGGUCGAUAGUGUUGCUUUGUCAACAAUAUAUUUAUAUAUAUAUAUUAUGUCAUAUUAUGGUCAAAUAAUUAAAUAUGCAUUAAACAUUUUCUUUAAUAGCAUUUGUUUAGUGUUGUACCGAUUUUCCUGUUUUAGAUUCUGGAUGGAGCGAAGAAGCUUAUAGUUAGAUGUGUUUAUUAUUAUUAUUUUUUUUUUAUGUACGCAACUUUUCUACUAGAAGACUGCUCGGAUUCAUUUUUUGAGUUUUACAAGAGUUAUUUUCAUCAAAUGCGGAAAACCGAAAAAAAAAAAAAACGGGAAAAUUUACGAAAUAUAAUAAAUUUAAUUUACGAUUUUUUUUCCUGCGGACAACUUUUCUACUAGCAAUUUUACUUCAACUUUUAGUGAUAGCAAUAUUUCUGAAAGGAAAUUUCACUGGAGAGGUACUUUAAAGAGGUCGUUUUUUGAUUUUCUCUGGAGUUUUCUCAUCAAAUGUGAAAAAUUGGGAAAUUCAUAGGAAAACUGAGAAAUUGGUACAACAUUAAACAAAUAUUAUUAAAGAAAAUAUAUAGAUCCUAUUUAAUUAUUUUACUAUAAUAUGGUAUAUAUAUAUUGUUGACAAAGCAUUACUAUCAACUGAAUUCCGCUCAGAAUCGUUUUUUCAUAGGCAAUGGUUUAUCGUUGCUUACAGGUAUACAGGUAUUAAAUUACCCAUAACUGUGGCUACACCCGUCCCCAUUAUUCUAGGGCGUCUUUUUAAAAAUGAAUGAUAAUAAGUAAUGGAUGGCUGUAUAAAUACAGCCUGUGAAAUCCUUGAAAACAAUUGAAAAAAUAAAUUAAAUAAUGGUCGUACUUCAACCAAGUAUCUAUCUUAAUUAUUUCUAUACCUUACUUAAUCUUAUAUAAAAUAUAGAUUUUUUUUUUAAUACAAUUUAUACAACCUAAUAUUAACUUACCUUAUCAAAAAUAGUAACAAUAUUAAAUAGAUUACUAAUAUUCAGUUUAUUUUAAACUAAUUGUAUUUAAUAUUUGUUUUUACUGUUUAAACAUAAUAUACUUAUCCUAUUAUUGCAUAUUCAAUUAUUAUAAUCAUUUUUAGGUAAAGGAAAUAUUCAAGUCUUACAAUAAAUUAACAGAACUUUGUUUUAUGGAUUGCGCCACUGAUUUUACAAUAAAAGAUCUUAAAAGUGAUGAAGUAUGUAAUUUUUUUAAUAAUGAAGGUACAUAUAUAUAUACAAUAUACAUUAAUUUAAUCUCAGGAGGAGGGACAUAUAAACACGUAAUGGCAGGUUUAGCAAACCAGGAGUCCCGAGCUCCAGCUACUGGCGGAAACCCAGGUGUUUACAAUAGGUAUAUGUAUUGUUUCUGUAGUAUGGAGGAAUUCAUCUUAUAGUUGACAAUAUCAUUCGUGUGGGAUGAGAUUGAAAUACUUCUAUAGUACUUCUAUCUAUCAUAAGAAAUAUGAAGAAUGGCACAUAAAUUAAAAUGACUUAGGAUAAGUAGAAUUACAGAGUAUAUAGAGUAGGCAUGCUUAUGGAGAAACAGGAUAAGACAGCUAACAAAAAUAAGUGUUGAUGUAGCCUAGUGAGGAUGAGUGUUUUAUGCACCUAAAGUCUUUUAUACUAAAGAACGGUGACUUUGAUGAAUAUGUAAACAAUAUGAUAAAGUGUUAUUAGAUGAAGUCUAUACUUAAGGUAAGUGUCAGGUGUUGUAUAUGACAAGAAAAUUUUAAUGAGACUUGAAGAUAAAUUCUACAAAAGUGUAAUGAGACUGAAUAUGUUGUAUUGUUUGGAGUUUUGGGUAGUAGACAGACAAAUAGAACAAUAUAAUUAAAAUAAUUAGGUGGAUGAGUGGAGUGACAAGAAAAGUUAUUGAGUACAUAAGAGGUGUGACUGAUAGUAAAAAAAACUAUUCCUGUUCCUCAAAAACAGUAAUAAUUUUAAUGCAAAUUAAAGAAGGAGGAAAGAGGGGAAUAUGAAGACUGAAUAAGAGGUGGUUGGAUGCCAUCGAGCAGUGAGAUAAUAGCGGGUUGGCAAGAAGGAGCACUUGCCUCUUGACUUUUUGUGGUGGGCAAAGGUAUUAUUUCGACAUUACAAAUCUUUGAAUCUUAUACUACCUUUCCAACUACCCAACUACAACAGUGGCCACACCCGUCCCCAUUAACAGCUUCUUUUUUAUUUAUCUAUUAUUAUAGUAGUUUUUUCUUAUGUAUGUGUUGAUGAUAAUAAUUUUAUGUUUUAGGAAAGGUGUGCUCAAAAUUGCACCAAUAAAUUUCUUAAAGCUUCUGAAAGAAUGACACAGAGGUUCCAAGAGUAUCAAAUGAUUAUGAAUGAGCAUGUAAUUGCCGCUCAGCAGAAUACCUAACUACGAAUCAUCCUCUGAAACUUAGUAGAUAAAAAAUUUCUGUAAACAAUUCAAACCAUUAGAAAAUUAUACUUAAAUUAAUCAAAGUUUUAAUAUUGUAAAAUUUAAUUACAAUUUUCAAUAAUCUGUUGACCAAUAUAUUGUGUUCUCCAUUUUCCAAAAUAUUUGUAAAUAAUUGUACUUUUGUUGUAUACAUAUAUGUAUUUACAUAUAUAUUAUAUUGUAGUAUUAGAUGUUAUUAUUUAUAUAAAAGAACUUAAUGUAUUAAUAAGUAUAAAACACAGACUUUAGAAUUAAACAAUGUGGUUGAGUUUGUUAUCAUGUAAACAGUUCAAAAUGAAAUAGGCAUGUCAUAUUAUAUUAUAUGGUUAUAGUAGAUUAAAAUUAGGUUUAUUGAUUAGAUUGGUUUAAAAUGUUGUGUAAGCCACGAUAUAUGAUGAUUAUGAUGUAAACCCAGAUCACAGAUAUAAAAUACUAUUAUUUAAUAUUCAUAUUUUAUAUCUGUGGCCCAGAUUGCGUAUUUUGAUUGCUUUCAGCUAUCAGUUAUUAAACAAGACUAAUUUGCAUAUUGAUACAUUAAAAUAAUUUAUGAAAUCAGAUUUGACUAUCUAGUUAAUAUUAUGUACCUAUAAAACAAAUAUAUAUAGAUCAUAUUUAC